UUUCACAAUAACUAAAAAAUGACAGGAAAGAGAUAUUACAAGAUUAUCAAACUUGGGAAAAUCAAUUGGGUUUCAUAAAACCCCUUUUGAAUGGGAGAUAAUUGCAAAUUGCAGUAAUUUCAGAGCAAAUACUGAACUCAGAAGGUGGACGACGAAUUUAGCAACAGCAACACAGAUUAUAGCGCCAAUAUAUCUGUUGGAGGAUGCAUCAAAAUUCAAUGGUAAAUAAUUAUUUCGGGAGACCUGAUUCGUUUCCAACUGAGGAUGAGCGUCAAUAUACUUCAAAGAAAGAAGAAGGUCAGUGGCGGUGGGAAAGAGAUGCACAGCAAAUGUCACCUCAACUCUACAGUGCUGGACAAGGGGGAAAUGCAGGCAGAUCAUUCUAUCCUAAUCAGAUGCCAGACACAAAAAUGAGCUCAAAUCAAGAGCAAAGAGUCCACCCCCAGGAACAAGAUAUGGAAGUUGGAUAUGAAGACAAUCCAGUUCCACAGAAUUUGGAAAGGCUUGACCAAAAGUUCCAUAGCGAUAUUAUGAAAUUUAUAAAAGAACAGAAUGACGCAGAGGAUGCUGAAACUGCUAGACACAGAAAGAAAAUCAUUGAGAUCAAUAAUCAAUAUCAAGAAAAACUAUCUGCACUUCGAGCUAAGCAUGCCACUCUGAGAGAAGAACUUCUCCAAAGAGAGUCCCAGGCACGCUUACAGACAUACCAGCUUGCUGGCAUGACCCCCUACCAGAACAACAGUGGGCCCGUUGACAUGAAUCAGGUUCAUCAUGGUCCUCAUGGAUAUGGAGCACCAGAUAUGGCCCCUGGUGAACCUCGUCGGCAGUUUGGUGGCAGGGUAGAGUUUGAUUCAUACAGAGAGCGUCAUGAAUCAUUUGGACGUGGGAGAAUCCAAGGAACUGAUACUAGAGUUCCAACCCCUGGUGGUCGAGUUUACGAUACAGGUCCACGUUAUUACUAAUAGCUUCUUGACCUUCCUUUGUGAAAUAGAUUAGAUUAUUAGGUGGAGUUUAGGCUUGUCUGCUGCUUGGGUGGCUCUUUGUAUCUCAGGAAAUCAACUUCUUCUACAGACAAUGUACGAAGUACUAGAAUAUUAUCGUUGAUUUGAGCUUAUAAUGAUGGUGCAUUUUUUGUGUUGCUUA